AUAAUAACAACAACUAAGAUUAUACCUUACAAAUUUGCAAAGAAAAUGUCAACUACUAAAAUCGACUUCGGGCCGAAGGAGUUUUACUAAACUGUCAGAUUUUCUCAUGACACUUCUACAAAAAUAGGUUGCACUAAAAAGUUUUCACCAUUGUAUAUUCUAAUGAAUAAAUAAGUCACGAGAGGUUCAACGUGGCAGCGGUGUCUAACUGAUACUUAAACAAUUUUGGAAGUCGAAACUUCAUGGCGUUUCAUAUGUCAUUACUAUGAUAAUACGACCUGUUCUAUCAACAUUACUGAUAUUAAUGCUACCACCUUAUGACCACUGAAAUAUUUUAUAAAUAUAUACGCUUUAAUAUAGCGGAUGUGAGAGCACGAUGUCACGAACGACUGAUUCAUAAAAAAUGCUUACGACAGCGAAGUCUGUAUUUAAUUGUGAGUAUAUAAUGAAUUAUAUCUUGUUUAUUGCAUGGUGUAAGUAGCGAUAAGCAAAACUUUACGAAUAGCGCAAACAAAUUACAAUGAGUUUUAAUCAGGUGGAAGACAGAAAGGUUAUUAAGCAGAAAGAAUAUGGAUAAAACUCAAAAAUCCUUAUUCCAGUUUUUCACAGGUAUCAAUAUAAUUAUAAGAAAAAUCAAUUCACAGGCGAAAACGGUCGCCAGAAAAUAACUAGUUAUGGCUCUCCAACGCAUAUAUGGCGAAAUUGUGCGUUUUACUAGAUUCAUUUAAGCACCAGUAGUUACGCUGAAGUUGACUGCGCCUAAUAGUGUAGUUUUUUUUAUUUUUACGAUUGCAUAUUUUAUUUAUGUAAAAGCUCGAUUUGCAGGCAUUUAUUAGUUAAUCUUACGAGGAAAAGAGAAGGAUCGUGUUCUGUCUCCGCCCCGAGCUCUCCGGCCCAAUCCACGCUGUGCUGUCUAACUUGUGGCUUGUCUUUAUAAAAAGGCACUUUGCAAGUGCGCUCCAGUCUUCAAAACUCACGGGCAACUUGGAAAUAAUACAGAAAGGGAACAUUCUCGCGUUUUUGUCCACAGAGGUUUAAACAAAUCGCAUCGACGUUCGUUAUUCAAGAGAUGAAAAGCUCGCAGACUUGAAGCGGUAUGAUUGCGAGGUAACUUAUUAUUUUUCUGGAAAGCGCUCGUGCUUGUUAUAAAUAACAGCUUGAAUUGUCAAAGGGACAUUCGGCUAACUUUUUUCUUUUUAUGCUUGCUGGAGCAAAUCAAAUUUGUAGCUAUUGUGUUUUCUUCAACUCGUACUGGAAGGUUAUUUUAUUCAGCCAGGGCAGGCUGAAACCUUCCUUCAUUCAGCUGACAAUUUCACCUGUAGUCGUCCACCUAAUACUUUCGUAUGAAUCUACUCGACCCCUUUUUAAAAAUGACAGACGAGCAAGAUAAGUGUCUAUCUGACGUGCCGAGCCCGAGUAUGUCAGAGGAUUCUGCUGGGUCUCCUUGUCCUUCCGGAUCUGGGUCUGACGCCGAGAACACACGCCCGCGCGACAACAGCCUGGCCAGAGCGGACGGUCAGCUGGUCGAAUUCAAGAAGGACGAGGAUGACAAAUUCCCCGUCUGCAUCCGCGAGGCGGUGUCCCAGGUGCUGAAGGGCUACGACUGGACCCUCGUGCCCAUGCCCGUAAGGGUGAACGGAUCCAGCAAAAACAAGCCGCACGUGAAGCGACCCAUGAACGCCUUCAUGGUGUGGGCGCAAGCCGCGCGCAGGAAGCUGGCGGACCAGUACCCGCAUCUUCACAACGCCGAGCUCAGCAAGACGCUCGGGAAGCUGUGGAGAUUGCUGAACGAGGGAGAAAAACGUCCGUUCGUCGAGGAGGCCGAGCGCCUGCGCGUGCAGCACAAGAAAGAUCACCCCGAUUACAAGUACCAGCCUAGGCGGAGAAAGUCCGCGAAGAACGGGCAGGGCGAGGGCGAGGACGGCUGCGAGCAGACCCACAUCUCACCCAACGCGAUCUUCAAGGCACUGCAGCAGGCGGAUUCGCCCGCGUCCAGCUUGGGCGAGGUGCACUCCCCAGAAGAACAUUCAGGGCAGUCCCAGGGCCCCCCCACCCCGCCCACCACCCCGAAAACGGACACGCAGCAGCCGGGCAAAGUGGAGCUGAAGAGGGAGGGGCGCCCCCUGCAGGAGGCGGGCGGCGUUGCCGGAGCGACCGGGCGGCAGCUCAACAUCGACUUCCGGGACGUGGACAUCGGCGAGCUGAGCAGCGAGGUCAUCUGCCACAUCGAGACCUUCGACGUCAACGAGUUCGACCAGUACCUGCCGCCCAACAGCCAUCCGGGCGUGUCCGUCUCCGCUGGGGGGGCGGCGGCGCCCUACGGGGGGAGCUACGGGGCGGGGCAGGCGUCCGGAGGGGGAGGGGCGCACGGCUGGAUGUCCAAACAGCAGCAGCAGCAGCAGAACCCCCCGCUCUCUGCCCUGGGGGGGGAGCAGAGGCCCACGCACAUUAAGACGGAGCAGCUGAGCCCCAGUCACUACAGCGAGCAGCAGCAGGGCUCGCCGCAGCCAAUCAGCUACGGCUCCUUCAGCCUGCAGCACUACGGCUCCGCCCCCGCCGCCUACCCUGGGGUGGCGGCGCCGCGCGCCCCGCAGUACGAGUACUCCGACCACCAGGGCGGCGCCACCUCCGGCGGCUCCUACUACGGCCAGGCAUCCGGCCUCUACUCCGGCUUCGCCUACAUGGGCCCCCCCGGCCAGAGGCCCAUGUACACCCCCAUCGCCGACACCGCGGGGGUCCCCUCCGUCCCCCAAAACUCACACAGCCCCCAGAGCUGGGAACAGCAGCCUGUGUACACACAGCUCUCCAGGCCCUGAGGGAGAGAGGGGUAGGGGGAGACACAAAGAGAGAGGGAGAGAGGGAUGGGGAGAGACAGAGGGAGGGGGAGAGAGGGAUGGGGAGAGACAGAGAGAUGGGGAGAAAGAUGGGAGAGACAGGGGAAGAGAGAAGGAGAGAGAGAGAGGGAGUGUGUCGACACCAGGUUUGGGGUGGGGUGGGGGCCUAAAUUACUUUUCAAUUUAAUACAGGACACGUACUUAAAAUUUAGUUCCUGAAUUGAAUUUUAAAAAUGUCCAUGUUCCAUGACUGUUCACACGCACACACACACGCACACACACGCACACACACACGCGCACACACACACACACACACACACGCACACACGCACACCUGGUGGGGAUGUCGGGGGAAUUGAGCAGUCUGACCCCAGAGGCUGGAGAGGUCUCAGCGAGCCAGAGCUAGACACACCGGAGACACGCGAUGAGAAAAGCUGGACUUGAAACCUGAAAAUAUGCGAAUGGUUCACGCUGUGCCUUCAUACGAGGACUUGUGAUAAUUAUAUAUAUAAAUAUAUAUUUUUAGCCAUAAUUUACAACAGAAGAAAAAAGGAAAUAUAUAAUCCUCUGUGAGGACGUAUUAAUAAUUGUUUUAGUAUGUACUGUGUAUGUUUUUUUUUCUUCCUUUUUUGUUUUUGAAGUUAAUUUUUUGGGGGUGGGGGAUUUAUACCUUCUUUUUUAAUUUUUUUAAAGCAUUCUUCUUUUUUGUUUGUUUUUUUCCUGAAUCUGCUACAAACCACUUUCUGUAGUGCAGUCUCUUCAAGGCCUUAUUUCUUUUCUGACAUAUUUUUAUACAGUCAGUAAACGUAUCCCUUUUCUUUCUUCAUCUUUUUUUUUUUUUUGAAAACUCUGCCGUGUGUUGCGCUUUUGGUUCUGCAUACGUUUCUGUAUAUAACACUUUUAAAAGGUGAUAAAAUAAGAUGUACUAAGUAUGUGGAUCGGAAAAUUACCAGCCUGAGACAGCCAUGUCUGUUCUUUUUAAUUUAACGAUCUGGUCACCAAAGGUCCUGCCUGGCGUUUCUUAAAUUUCGCCCCGCGGACCGUCCGAGUUGUUUAAACUCACCGUGCAAGGUUACGUCAGAUGUAGGAGUAGUUCAGUUUUGUUUUUGUUUGUUUGUUAGUUUUUUUCGUCGUCUGUUAAAGAUGCAAGAAGUUUACACCAGAGGUGCCUGUUUGUUUCCGUGGCGAUGGCCAUGCCAUCGCACACUGAAGUAACUACAGCUGAGACUAUACUUCACUUUCUGACAGGAAGUGCUGAGACUAUACUUCACUUUCUGACAGGAAGUGCUGAGACUGUACUUCACUUUCUGACAGGAAGUGCCAGCAGCCACAGGAAGUGACCUUUGACCCCCCUCCGUGACUGUUCCCCGCAGGCCACAGCCAUGUUUGUCUUUAAUUACAGACCCCCCAACCCCCCCCCCCCCCCCCCCC